AUGAAAGGCACCCGAAAACGGGUUCCAAACCAUGCGGAUGAGGAAGAAAACCUGCCAAAGCGCAUCAGUUCAUUAGACACCAAGUAUCUUGAUCCUUGGCCUACGAGGGAUCCCGAGUGGCAGGAUUCAGGGGGGCAUCCAGGAGUAUUUGUUAACCCGCGGCGAGUGAGGAUGGCCAAUCAAGAUACUUCUGCAUCGCUUCUUCAUAAUCCAAAUCCAUCUCACAGAGAGCAUUCAAACCUGGAAGGAUUAGAACAUUCAGAUCAGCUUGGUCAUCCAGGCAAUAAAGCCACACUGGACCUAUUAUCUCGGUUCGAUUCACAUGCUGUACAGCCUUUUGAAAAAGAGAAAAGCGAAUCAUCAACUGGCAGUCAUGGAAAGGAGAUUUUGAAUUACCAUCCUCGUAUAAUUCCCGUCGUAACCUCAAAUAGACCUCCAUGGUCCGACCUUCCCGAGAUCGCGUUGGUCCGGAAGUACUACUCUUGUCAAACACUUGACUGGAACUUGAGUGAAGUGAAUGAAGAAGCUGCUCUGGGUGCAUAUGCCAUGGUCACCGAAUUCCAGGAUAAGAUCCCAGCAGGGACGACGUAUACUCAUCUUGGACGCAUGCAAAACUCACACAUGAUCUUCAUUCCGUUCAUUUACAAGUUGAUGAUCAAGCCCCUCGAGACACAUCAAUGGCCAACCAUACUCAGGGUAUGGCGUUCGAUGUGGUACUUUUCAGAAAAAAUACCAAGAAAUUCUGCGUUAUCUGCGGAUCAAGUGUUGUGGAAAUUUCUUUGGAUCUCCGAUCUCAUCCUGGAGUCGACUAUACCCCAGCUGUUUGAAAAUUCCAAAGUAACAAUUGCGACGUCCGGAAAAGAACUCCUAAAUUCUGGUAUUUCCACUGCUGAAGCUGAAGUCGUGAGGAUUCUAUCGGGGAGUAGAGGCGACUGGCGCUUCAAUCGCUCCGAAAAUGACUCGUUGAAGACCUUGAGUAUUUUUCUACAACAAGCAUGCUCCAACACAGAGAAGAACUUGGAAGGUUCUCUAAACAAUUUAGUGCUAGAAAGAUUAGAAUCAACAGCUCGGUUGAUUACUUCAGCCAUUUCGACAACUCUGGACAAGGCUAAGGGAAUGGAUCCUCAGUACCAACAGUUUUUCCUUGAAUAUUUUAGAGAUGUUUACCUUCGCAGGAAACCUUACGAUCCACAGUGGUUUGGGAAUAUUAUAUCUCAUCCAUUUCAAAAAAGGAUUGAUGAGAUUCUUUGCAAAAGGGGAUUUGAUGAAAAUUUGAUGUUAAUUCAAAGUAACCAUCCUGCAAGUAAUGCUUUGCCGGCCAUCAACUUCCUGAAAAAGUUUGAUCAGUACGUUUUGAGAAACCCAGGAGCUUUUCGGAUUCGAGAACAAGUUGAGGCACCUUUCCUACCAAGUAAAAUCAGCCAAUUCUUUGCCAACCAGUUCAAAAAAUACCGCCAAUCAGAUCAGCCCCAAAUAGUCAAUGAAAACUAUUGAACAAAAAACUGAUUCUGCAAUUUAAUUUUGGUAAUGGGUCACUUUUGGGUGUUCUUUUUGGUCAAGAAAGCUAUGUAUGUGUGCAGAUUUAC